AUGACGGCGGCGGGGAAGAGCGGGGGAGCGUCGGGGUCGAGCGCGCUGACUGCAGCAGCAGCAGCAGCAGCAGUUGCUGCGGUGGUGUGCGCAGUGAGCUACCGGCCGCUGUGCAGGCUGCUGGGCCUGCUGUUUCCCGAAGAGCUGUGGGGCCCCGGCGCGGGCCGCGCCUGGGCCGCGCGGCUGAAGCCCCACAUCAUCCUGACUUGCCUGCUGUACCUGCCAGCAGUUUAUUUGCUGCGGAGGUUCAUGGCGGGGCGGCCGCCGCUGCUGCUGCGGCGCUUCGCCUUCUUUUGGAAUUUGUGUUUGUCAGUUCUUUCUUUUGUGGGGUUUCUGACGGUGGUGGUGCAGCAGCCCGCGCUGCUCGCGGUGUCUGUACACCCCGAGCGCCUCUUCAAGCCGCCCGUCCGCGUCGUCGUCGCGCUCUUCACUUUAACUAAAGCUGUCGAGUUCGGCGACACUUUCAUUUUGGUCUUCAAGAAAAAACCGCUUUCUUUUUUGCACCUUUACCACCACCUCAGCGUCACUCUCUACUGCUGGUCUGCGCAGCAGACCAACGUCGGCUUCGCCCACGGCUUCGUCGUCAUGAACUUGGCCGUCCACGCCCUCAUGUACCUCUACUACUGCAUGACUUGCUGCCUCCCCAGCAGAAGCAGCAGCAGCAGCAGCAGCAGCGGCGGCAGCAGGCAGGCGCAGCCGGCGGGCAAGCUCGCCGCCGCCGCCGGCAGCGGCAAGGGCGGCGCCGUCGCCCCCGCCACCCCCAGCAGCAGCGGCACCCCCAGCAGCAGCAGCAGCAGCAGCGGGAAGUCGGUGCUGCAGCAGGUGCUGCGGCAGGCGCGGCCCGCAAUAACUCUGAUGCAAAUUGCCCAAAUGCUCGUGGGGAUGUACCUUGCAGCAAACGGGGCUCUGCGUCUUUCAGAUCCGGAGCAGAUUUUGAAUGCGCAGAUAGCUUUGGCGAUGUACACUUCUUACGCAGUGCUGUUCCUGCGGCUGUACUGCAGCAGCUACUUGCCGCACCUCAGCAGCAACAGGGUGCUGCUGCUGCUGCUGCUGCACUUCCUCGCUGCAGCGGGCCUCUACCAGCUCGCCUGCAGCCCCGCCAAGGCGACCCUCGUUGCGCACGUUGCUGCUGCUGCUGCGCUCUCCCUGCUGCUCGCUUCCCUCUGCUCCAGCAGCAAGCACGGCAAAAGCAGCAGCAAAGAUACCAACAGCAGCAGCAGCAGUCGCUGGCUGCCGCUGCUGCUCGCCUUCAGCUUCCCCUGCGGGUUGGCGAUGGCUGUCAAGAAGCAGCAGGACGAGGCGGCCGCCUCCGACGCAGCAGCAGCAGCAACAGCUGCAGCAACUCCCGCUGCAGCACAGUCCCCCGAACGCUCCGCGUCUGCUGCAGCUGACGCGGCAACUGUAGCCUCGAGCAGCAGCAGCUCAGACGGCGCACUGUCGAGCAGCAGCUGCUCUGCUGCAGCAGCAGCAGCAGGAAAACCAGCAGCAGCGGCGCAGGGGCCGCAAGGUAAAGGUUUGAUACGUCAGCUGACACACAAAAAAGCAACUAUAAGCCUCACUUGGCUGCAGCUUGCUGCUGCUGCUGCAGGAGCUGCUGCUCCUGCGGUGUAUGGACACCUCGUCUUCGGCCAUUGGGGAGUGGGACUCUGUGUCUUUGGGGGCCUCAGAUGGGCACUGGAGCUACACCUCAGCCAGCAUGCACGCUUCAUGUGA